AUGGCGUGCUCAUCACUGGCUGCGGCGUCCAGCGGCCUUUCCUUCGCCUCUCCAGCUGUCACUGGCAUAAGCUCUUCCAGCAUUGCGAGACGAGACGCUCUAAGGCCUUCACCGGCACAACCGGUGCGCGUGGCACCGCGAGGAGCGGCGCUUGUUGCUGCAGCGGUGGCGACGUCGGCGCCAGUGGCGGGAGUAGCGGAUCAGCAGCAGCGGCGGCAGCUGGAGGCGCUACCUCUGUCACAACUGCGCGCCAUGGCUCGCGCACGGGGCAUCUCUGGCGGCGGCUCCAAGGCAGAUCUCAUCUCCGAUCUGCUUCGCGCCGCUGAUACGAGCUCGUCGUCCGCCUCACAGCCCACCUCCGCCGCGUCCGCGCAACAACCCGCCAGCGCCCCCCAAGCGGCGGUAGGGGUAGAGCCGGCGGACGAAGCGCAGGGCCUGGAGAAGCGGCUGCUGGCAACGCCCUUGGCGGCUCUGCGCGCCAUGGCGCGGCAAAAAGGGCUGCGGGGGAACACUAAGGAGGAGCUCGUUGCGGCACUCGUUGCCGCAACACCAUCUCUCCCCUCGUCCGUGCCCGUUUCCUCUGCUUCCGCCUCCGCCAGCUCCGCCUACCCCGCCGCCUCCGCCCCCCUCCCGUCCAAUGGCUCCGUCGCGGCGUUCGUUCCCGCGCGCGCUGUUGCUGCUCCUGCCGCCAAGCCCAGCCCUGUGACGCUUGUUGCUGAGGCCCCUGCUCCUGCGCCAUUCAUUCUUCCGUUCCAGUCGGAAUUCAGCUCAACACUGACACCAUUGCAGGCGGUUCAGCUGCAGGAGGAGCUGGCGUCGCUCAGGGAGGCCAUGGCAGCACUGCAGGCGGACCAGAAGGUGAUAUCGGCCGACAGGGAGGGGCUGAGGGAGCAAGCGGGCUUCCUGCGGAACCUGCUCAUUGGGGGCAUUGGCCUGGCUGCCGUGCCGCUGCUAUUGCCUGCUCAGAUUGCCACGACUGCUGCCACUGGAGGCGCUGUUGCAGGCGCUGCCGGGGGUGUGACUCAGGUUCUUCCUCCUCCCCAGGAGCCUGCACCCGAGGUGCGUCAGCUGUCCCCUGAGGACUUCUGCAAAACCCUACCUGCCAAUCUGCUCUCGCCCCAAGCUGCACGGUUCUGUACUGCUGUCAACCAAAUGGGGCUCUGA